UGCCGGCUCCCAAGAGCAAUCCCGUGUCCCUGGCGCCCUUCGCGUGGUCUGUUAGCGUCGAGUCCCGCGCGGAGAUGGCAGACGACCUUGGAGACGAGUGGUGGGAGAAGCAGCCGGCAGGAGCAGACAGCAGCCCAGUUCUGAUAUAACAGCCAGUUGAAUCAGUGGCACAGUCUAAACAUCAAGUGGUUCCUUCAGGCUGCAGUCUCCUGGGGCACCAGACAAGUUUAUGCUCAUAAGAACUUUCACUGCUCUUUCACAGACAUUAAUAGUUUCCUGGCACUGCCUCUCAGGAAAUGUCGUCAUGGUCUGGAGGAACCAAUAAAAAUACAAAUGCAUCAGAUGAUGAAGAAGGAGAUACAGAAAUGACACAGCAAGAGACAGCUCCAGUUCCUGCCCCCUCAAAGAAAGCCAAACAGCCUAAAGAAUGUUUCUUGAUAAAACCAAAGGAAAUAAAAGAAGACGCCAAAAAGACCAGAAAGAGGAGAAAGAAGAAAAUUACUGAUGUUCUUGCAAAAUCAGAGCCCAAACCAGGGACACCAGAAGACCUACAGAAGCUAAUGAAGGACUAUUAUAGCAGCCAUCGCUCAGUGAUUGAACUAGAAGAACUCAACCUACCAGAUUCCUGUUUCCUCAAAGCCAAUGAUUUGACUCACAGUCUUUCGUCAUACCUAAAAGAAAUCUGCCCUAAGUGGGUAAAACUUCGGAGAAACCAUAGUGAGAAGAAAUCUGUACUGAUGCUGAUCAUCUGCAGCUCUGCCAUCCGAGCCUUGGAGCUCAUCAGAUCAAUGACAGCAUUCCGAGGAGACAGCAAAGUUAUGAAAUUAUUUGCAAAACACAUAAAGGUUCAAGAGCAGGUAAAAUUACUGGAGAAGCGUGUGGUGCACCUGGGUGUGGGAACACCAGGAAGAAUUAAAGAGCUCAUUAAACAAGGUGGCCUUACUUUGAACCCCUUAAAGUUUCUGAUUUUUGACUGGAACUGGAGAGAUCAGAAGAUGAGGAGAAUGAUGGAUAUUCCUGAGAUAAGAAAGGAGGUUUUUGAACUUCUAGAAAUGGGAGUACUCAGCCUAUGCAAGUCAGAAUCCUUGAAGCUGGGCCUUUUCUAACCUUGUCCUAAUGAAGAGUUUCACAGUAGAAUUUGCAUCAUAUUUAAGGGUGCUUCACAUUGCAAGCACUCAGUGGAUAUCAGCUAUUGUUUUAUUAUGUUAAUUAGAUCAUUGGGAAUGUUUGUGGAAAUUCUUUGACCAAUAUGAAUUUCCCCUUUUGUCAACUCCCUUGUAUAAUAAAGAAUCGAAAGCUUGUGUGUGA